UGUAACACGAACACGUGUUAUUUUUUAUUGUCAUUUUAUUUGGUUUUUUUUCAUCUUCAAUUUAUCAUCAUUCGAAAGUUUAUUAUCUUCAUAAAUGUUUUCGAAAUCCUCGUUAUUGAUUCAUAAAGUCACUGAGACAUUCGUUAAUCGUUAUAAAAUUGUUGGAAAAUUUUCCGGUAAACAAACUUUGGGAUUAUUUGAACCGAAUAAAAAUCGUCCGUUUCCGUUGCAAUUUUUGUCAUUUACCUCUGUCAACAAUAACCAUAAAUUUCACUAUAAAAGGCCCGAAAAUUUGUUCUGUCAAAUUGUAAUUCAACGAUUAUUGCAUUCAUCAUCAUUGACAAUGUCUUCGACAUCUAAAUCAUCGGAAUACAUUUAUACCAAUGAUACACCAGUUGUAUUGCUGGAGGCUACUAGUGCAUUCGAAGCUUUGACAGCUUCUGAGAAAAAAUAUGCUCAUUAUCUUUCCAAAGCAUCGUGGUUCGGAUCAUUGGCUGUUUUGUUUCAAACAUCACCUGAAUCGCCAUUGAUUUUUGCUUUGUUUCAACGGAUUUUCGCUACGGAACCUAUUGAUCAACUAAAAUCGGUUGCUAUGGAUAAAUGUGAAUUUAAUGAAGAAGAAUGGCGAUCAUUUUUAGUAUAUGUUGCUGCCUUUUAUUCAAAUAUGGGCAAUUAUCGUAGCUUUGGUGAUUCGAAAUUCGUACCGAAUUUAUCAAAAAACAAGUUUGAACGUUUGAUCAAAUCUUCUCAAGCUUAUCAAAAAGAUUCGAAAUUUAUUGAUAAUAUUUGGAACAAUUUGGGUGACGCUAUAUUCUCAUUGAAUCACAAUGAAUUGACAUUAGGAUUUGAACCAAAUGGUACAACAACUUAUUGGUCAAAAAAUAUGACAGAAAAUGAUGAAAAAAUUGUUAAAAAAUUCUUAACAAUGAACGAUAUCGAAGCUUAUAAUACAAGAGCUUUUAAAGAUCCUAAAACUGGUGAAUAUGUUAUACGAUUUGCAUCGAUACGAUCCACUUCUGAUCCUGAAGAGCGUGAUUAUAUUGAUAAAAUCAAAUCGUUGGAAAUGGACGGACAUAGUUUUCGACUUGAACGUGGUGAUUAUUCAACCAUUUUAUCGUUGAUGAACAAAAAUCUUCAAAAAGCUUGUGAUUCUGCACAAAAUCAAACUGAACGUAUGAUGAUUGAAGAAUAUAUACGACAUUUUCGUUCCGGUUGUUUAGAUUCACAUAAACAAGGUUCACGAUAUUGGAUAAAAGAUAAAAAACCUAUCGUCGAAACAUAUAUUGGUUUCAUUGAAACAUAUCGUGAUCCAGCUGGUCAACGCGCCGAAUUUGAAGGUUUUGUGGCUAUGGUUAACAAAGAGAUGUCAAAAAAAUUCACUUCAUUAGUGGAUAAUGCUUCUAAAUUUUUACCAUUGUUACCAUGGCCUAAAGAAUUUGAAAUGGAUAAAUUUCUUCAACCGGAUUUCACAUCGCUUGAUAUACUAACGUUUGCCGGUUCUGGAGUACCAGCAGGCAUUAACAUUCCUAAUUACAGUGAAAUCAAACAAAAUGAAGGCUUUAAAAAUGUAUCAUUGGGUAAUGUGAUUACUGCUUCAUUAAAAGCGAGUAAACCAAACUUUUUAAGCGAAAAUGAUGCCGAAUUAUUGGAGAAAUAUCGAAUACCGUCAUUCGAAGUGAUUGUCGGACUUCAUGAAUUACUGGGACAUGGUAGUGGAAAAUUGUUGCAAGCUGACAAAGAUGGUAAAUUGAAUUUCGAUCCAAACAAAGCCAUCAAUCCAUUGACUGGAAAACCGGUGGAUAAAUGGUAUCAAGCUGGUGAAUCGUAUGAUGGCAAAUUUGGUUCAUUUAGUUCGGCUUAUGAAGAAUGUCGUGCUGAAUGUGUUGGCCUUUAUCUAUCAUUAAAUGUUGACGUACUUUCAAUAUUUGGCUUUGUUGAUCAACAAGAGGCACGUAAAGUCGUUUACGCUGCAUGGCUUGAAAUGGUACAGAAAGGUAUCGAAAGUCUUAAAAUGUACAAUCCGACUGUAAAAAAAUGGCUUCAAGCACAUUCACAAGCACGUUACGUGAUUACACGUGUAUUGUUGGAAUCGGCCAAAGACAUUGUGUCCAUCGAUCAAAUCGAACAAUCACCUAUCGAUGGAAAGCCCGAUUUAUUAAUCAAGUUUACAAAUGAUCAUCAAUUGAUUGAAACAAAAGGCCGUAAAGCUAUUGGUGAUUUUCUUUUAAAACUUCAGAUUUAUAGAUCCACUGGCGAUAAUGAGAGUGCGCAAAAAAUGUUUGAUUAUUAUUCAGCCGUUAACAAUCAGUUAGAAUAUCCUUAUUUACGAUUCCGUGACAUUGCUAUCGAUAGGAAGAAGCCUCGACGUUUAUUGGUCGCAUCAUCCACACAAAUUGAUUCGGAUAAUGUUGCUUUGAAAUCAUUCGAAUCCAGCCAUGAAGGAAUGAUCAAUUCAUUCCAAGAACAUUUUGCCAACGAUCAAGUUGACAUUGAAAAGAUUUUGAUUGAUCUUUGGGAAAAAGAUCGAAUCUAUUUUAAUUGAUUUUUGUAACUGAUUCUUUAAAACAAAUAAAUGAUGAAUAAAAUAAA